AGCAGUCUCAAUUUUUAUUUACGAUUCCAUUUGUUUAUUACCAAAUUGGCGAAACUGAUUUAAUUGAGUUAUAUUGUUUUAUUGGGCUAAUUUUAUGCUUGCCAUAGGCGCUAUUUUCCGUAAAAGUCUCUUGCCUUACGCGAAGCAGUUUUUGGUAUCCUUUCUUUAAAGACCCACACAUAAGCUUUUAAAUUGCGUAAGCAGCAUACGUGCAAACUCCGCAACUAACGUAGAGGCUCGUGGUAUAUCACGCAGAAUGCACGCACGUGCCUACGACCUUCAGAGAACGUUCUGCACGAAAAGGAGUGGGUUAAUCUGUGCAACAGGCGGCAUGUAUUAUCUCGCGAAGCGUUGGCGUGUUUUUCCGGCCGUUCUCCUAUAAAAGUUGGCUUUGCCCAAGGAUAAAUCGCUGUUACAUAUAGAUUUAUUACAGUGAAGCCGUAACCAAAAACAUGAAGGUCCUGAUUGCAGUUCUUUUCCUGGCAGGCGUUGCCCUGGCCCAAGAGCUCCCGACAAGACCCCCAAAGCCCACCCGACCAUCCCUUGAGGAGAGGUGUAAGAUGAUCGCCCAAAAAUGCCAAAGUGUGAACCAGGCGAACACUUUGAAAAUCUGCGGCUCCGACAAACAAAUGUACACCUCCAAGUGCCAAUUCAUGCUCGCCCGCUGUGAAAACCCCAGCCUGCGCGUGGACAGAAACAUCAGACACUGCAUGGGGGACCUGUCUCAGUUCAGCAACAUGACCAAGCCCACCAGGGGGCCACGCCCAACCAAACCAUCCCUGGAGGACGUGUGCCAGAAGAUUAAGGAGGAGGGUUGCCCAGAUAAGAUGAACGAAGCCAAUAUCAGGAUCUGUGACAUGAAGGGCAACGUGUACACCAGCAAAUGCGCAUUCAUGACAGCCAGAUGUGCCGACCCUACCCUGCGCCCUUCUCGUCGCUGCCGUCGCCCCCAGCCUACCUCUGAGCCCACGGAGCCAGCGCUGUAAAACCGUGGCUCGGAAGCAGCUUCACGGCUUCGAGCAAUUCCCGAACAGCAUGCAUUUCGUAGAUCUCCAUUUUAUUGUUUCCUAAAAUUGAUGAGCAUUUCACAUUUCAAUUGUCAUUUGUCAUUUGGACUUCUCAUUUUGUGCGAUUUAUCACAUGGUAAUAAAGUUUUCGGUUAGCGGUUAAUUCAUUCUUCAAUUCAUGGCGAAAUAAUAAUGCAUUUAUCAAUCCAUUUAUCAAUAAAUCGAAUAAUUGACUCACAUAUAUAUAAAUUAU